UCUGUUUUGGUUUUUGGGUUUUUUUGUCAGGUGGACUUUUCAUUUUGGGAGUUACCAUGGUUGACAGCUUGAACAUGGAGAAGCCAGAGAAGCGUUACUUUAUUCAGCGCAAGCAUGCAGUCAUCAUCUGCAUAACAGUGGUGUUGUGCUGUUUGGCAGUGGGCCUCGGGGUGGGUCUCUCGCGAUCAAACGACACCACUCCUGCUGCCACCACCACACCAGCCCCCACAGCGGGGCCUACCCAGCCCCCUUCACCUGGCAGAGGGCCCUGCCUGCCUUCCACUGACUCCAGCGGGGACUGGAGGAAUUUCCGUUUACCUGACUAUGUGAAUCCCGUCCACUACGAUCUGCACCUGGAGCCGAACCUCGAGGAUGACACCUACACAGGCACUGUUGAUAUCCAGCUUGAAGUAACCAAGCCCACCCGUCAUCUCUGGCUCCACAUCAGGGAGACAUUUGUCAGUACCUUGCCAAGGUUGAAGGUGCUGAGUAGCCAAGGAGGGCGGAGGGAAGUGGCAGUGAAAAGCUGCUUUGAAUACAAAGCUCAGCAGUAUGUGGUGGUGGAGGCCACAGAGGAGCUGCCUGUCCUAAACACAGGGGAGGUCUACACCCUCAGUCUAGACUUCCAGGGUUGGCUCAAUGGCUCUUUGGUGGGAUUCUACAGAGUUACCUACAUGGAGGAUGGAAUCACCAAAAAGAUUGCAGCUACGGAUCACGAGCCAACGGAUGCCCGCAAGUCUUUUCCCUGUUUUGAUGAACCUAACAAGAAAGCCACCUACACCGUCUCAAUAACCCAUGAUGUUAAUUACAACGUACUGUCCAACAUGCCAGUAGAGGGCUCCCCUCAGCAACUACCAGGCAAUAAAAUUAAAACCACCUUUCAGAAGUCUGUUCCAAUGAGCACCUAUUUGGUAUGUUUUGCUGUGCACCAGUUUGCCUACGUAGAGAGAACUUCAGCCAGAGGGAUUCCUUUGAAAAUCUGGGCCCAGCCAAGUCAGAUCAGCACAGCUUUGUAUGCAGUAAAUGUAACCAAGCUCAUUUUUGACUACUUUGAGGAAUAUUUCAACAUGACAUACUCCAUCUCAAAAUUGGAUAAGAUAGCCAUUCCUGACUUUGGCACUGGUGCCAUGGAGAACUGGGGUCUUAUCACCUACAGGGAAACCAACUUGCUUUAUGAUGAAAACCAGUCAUCCUCUUACAACAAGCAGCGAGUUGCCAGUGUCAUCGCACAUGAACUGGUUCACCAGUGGUUUGGGAAUAUUGUAACUAUGGAUUGGUGGGAUGACCUGUGGCUCAAUGAGGGCUUUGCCAGCUUCUUUGAGUACAUCGGAGUGGAAUUAGCAGAACCAACCUGGGGCAUGCGAGACAUCAUGAUCAUCAGCGAUGUGCUUCCUGUCAUGGUGGAUGACGCUCUGCUGUCCUCUCAUCCGAUCAUUGUAGACGUGUCAACCCCAGCUGAAAUCACCUCUGUGUUUGAUGCCAUCUCAUACAACAAGGGAGCAUCUAUUCUCAGGAUGCUGGAGGACUGGAUGGGCAGAGACGAGUUCAGAGAUGGUUGUCGAAAAUAUUUGAAAGACUUCUAUUUCAAGAACGCCAAAACGAGCGACUUCUGGGCAUCUCUUGCCAGUGUGAGCAGGCUGCCGAUUGCAGAAGUCAUGGAUACAUGGACCAAACAGAUGGGUUAUCCUGUGCUGGACCUGUCUGUCUCUGAUACAGAUGCCAGACUGAGCCAGAAGCGUUUCCUCUUGGACCCCAACGCUGAUACUAGCCAGCCUCCUUCAGAUCUUGGGUAUGAGCAAGAAAAAAAUAACCAUGACAGCGACCAUUGAUGGUCGCUGCCAGUUGAGAUACAUAAAAUAAAUACAAGUCAUAAUUCAAUUCAAUUCAAUUUUAUUUUUUCAGAGCAAACCAUCGCCGGUUACUCACCAUUAGCGGAUGGGCUGCUAAAGGUCAACGAUGAUCAUAUUGGAUUCUACAGAGUCAACCAUGAUGACCGCAUGUGGACUGCUAUUAGUCAACAGCUUCAAACCAACCAUUUGGAGUUUGAUGCAGCUGAUCGCACGAGCUAUAUUGAUGAUGUUUUUGCUCUUGCAAGAGCGGACAUUAUAGAUUACGGUCACGCCUUCAACCUCACUAAGUACCUGACAAAUGAGACGGAGUAUAUAGUCUGGGACCGUGUGGAUGCCUCCAUUGCCUACGUCCGGAACAUGUUGUCCAGCAAUGCUCUCCUCUACCCAAAGUUUCAGGUAAUCACAAUGUUAAUCUGUCUUUCUAUCUGCCGCCUUUUGGGUUUUGUUGAUAGGGGGCACCAGAGAGAGCUGUUACUAAGGGAGACAGUGCUUGGCAUCGCUUGUCAGAUGGGAGAUCAGGAUGCUCUGAACGAAGCUUCUCGGAUUUUUGACCAGUGGAUCAGUGGAAGUCUUAGCGUAGCAGUCAACCUGAGAUUACUGGUAUAUCGAUACGGCAUGAAGAAUUCAGGCAGUGAAGAAAACUGGAACAUAAUGUUACAGAGGUAUAAAGAGACGUCUUUGGCCCAAGAGAAGGACAAGCUGCUGUAUGGACUGGCAUCUGUGGAAAACGUGGAGCUUCUUUAUAGGCUCCUGGAGGCUACAAAAGAUGAGAGCGUAGUGAGGAGUCAGGAUUUGUUUACUUUGGUCCAAUACGUAUCCUAUAACCCACUUGGCCAAAGCAUGGCCUGGGAGUGGAGUACACUCAACUGGGACUAUCUGGUAAACAGGUACACCAUCGAUGACAGGAACCUUGGUCGCCUACUCAAUAGAAUUACCACCAGAUUCAACACAGAGCUCCAGUUAUGGAAGAUGGAGCAUUUCUUCAACCUAACUCCAAAUGCUGGUGCUGGUGAGAUGCCCAGGAAGCAGGCACUUGAGACAGUGAGGAACAAUAUUGAAUGGAUUAGGAGGAAUGAAAAUGAGAUCAAGGAGUGGCUGGACAGUAACGUUGCCUGAUGGAAAACACCACAGGCAUUCAUACUGUUGCUGUAAAGAACUAGAGCACCCACAACACUUUGUUGAAACCGGCACUUUGUAAUGACACAAUUCGGUGAUUUGUCUUUGAUUUUAGCGGGGACCUACUAAUCCGAGGGUUCUUCUGAUUUUCAUCAGUAAAAACAACAUGAGGUUCUGGCACUUGCUACCAGGAUACCUGUAUUGUAUACACACUAAAUUAAUUUGGAAAAGAAAUUGGAAUCAAUUUGCUUUCAGCAAUUGACAAAUGUGAAUUUUCAAUAUGUAAAUGAACAUGCUCCCAUAUGUGGAAACUGGCUUCUAUCACUGUGAAUAUGCAUUAUUCUUUCCUCAAAAACCCACACACACUCUAAAAUUUCUUUGAACCACCUUUAACUUUGAUGGUGGCCUUUUAAUAAACACAUGCAAUGUUUCACACACAUGUAUUACCAUUGUCAAGAAGAUUAAAAUCCACUGGCUUAUCUCCAUCCAAGAGGAGAAUAAAGGACUUAACAUAAAGAGUUUAUAUAGUGAAAGUAAUACAGAGUGCUAUAUCAGAGUAUUUCUUUAUGUGUAUAUCUGUAAAUAGUUAAUCAUGUAUAAUUCUCAUCGAACAUAAAUGAGUAUAACAGCAGCUGUUAAGAAGAUUUGGGGUUCUUUCUCUAGUUUCACACAAAUGACUAAAGAGCAGCAUCAUCACUUUGGAGUUCACAGGUAGAAAUUUCAGUGAAAAGCACCAGAGGAUUAACCACUGCCCAGUUUUUGUGGACGUACAAAUUGGAAUGAUAAUUUUUGGCUAUUUCUCUGCUCAUUUUUGCUGUGUUAGAUUAUAGGAUCAAAGAAGUUGGAGGGCUUUGUACCGAGACAGUGCUUCCCCUUUUGGACUUUAUCAGGC